UGUGUUUCUUUCAGUUGGUAUUAAAGCUCUGCUCACUUUCUGAUCAGUUGUAUUCAUAAGCUAUGCAGAAAGUCACAUUUAUUUCAUGUUUGUAUGUUGAGUCCAAUUUUUUCUCUCUAAAUUUACAUUUAUCUGACUCUUCAUUAUAGAACAAGUAGUUUGCAACAGGGAUUGAAACUGCCGUCAACUUUAGAGAAGAAAAUAAAUCAGGCAGUAAGUCAUUUCCUGCUCUAUGUCCUGUCCUGUGGUUAGGGUUUGAGCUCAAACACUGCAGGUCACCAUAUAAUCCCCAGAGCUGUGCCACCUAUGUUACACUGCCUUCCGGUUCAUUGCAAAUGUGUUGAAAUACUUCUUAAUUCGUGUCCAACGUUUUGCCUCUUUUUUGACUCUUUAAGGGUAUUUUAUUAAAAGUUCAAUUUUGUCAGUCGACUGUUUUUGUCCUUUUCGCUGGCAUAUUAAUAUAAAGAAAAGGGAACAGCAGAGAACCAGUGUUCUUCUUAGUCUGGCCAAAGGUGACAUUUUCAUUGCCCACUAAACCAGCACCACACUGCAUUUUUUUUUUAUGUGCAAGGCCAGGAUUGACCAGACACCUGUCAACUUCCUUUUAUCCCUGCUGCGCCCCAUCCACCCCCUAAUCUGCCUGAUCGAUGGCACUGGACUGUCGUCACCAGGCAACCGAGGAUGACACCAAAGCUCUCGCAGUGAGCCCCACCUGUCAAAUCAGAUCCAGGGAAAGGAGGGAAAAGACAGAACGCAGUGGAACAAUGGAGUCUGUAUCUGCAGAGCAGUCGGCCACGGUGGAUGAGCUGGUGGAGGCGUGCAUCCAAGCCUUCGAUGAGAAAGGAUUCCUGAAAGACACUUCCCUGGUCCGUAUGUUCCUCAUGAUGCACCCGUGGUACAUCCCGUCUACAGAUCUGGCGAAGAAGCUGGUGCUGAAAUCACAGGAGGACAGCUGCACUGCUGAGCAACGGACCAGAAUAUGCCACCUUGUGAAGUACUGGAUCUCCGAGUUUCCAGCAGAGUUCACUCUGAACCCAGAGCUGGCGGACCAGAUCAAAGACUACAAAGACCUCUUGACCACCGAGGGCAACGAGAGCCAGAGUCAGCUCAUUGACCUCGACAGUGUGCCGUCAUAUAAAUGGAAGCGGCAGGUGACUCAGCGUGUCCCGUCCAUGUCCAAAAAGAGGAAGAUGUCCCUCCUCUUCGACCACCUCGACUCAUGUGAACUGGCGGAGCACCUGACCUACCUGGAAUACAAAUCCUUCUGCAAAAUCCUGUUUCAGGACUAUCACAGCUUUGUGAUGCAUGGCUGCACGGUGGAUAACCCCAUACUGGAGCGUUUCAUCACGCUCUUCAACAGCGUCUCCCAGUGGAUUCAGCUGAUGGUGCUCAGCAAGCCCACCGCUCCGCAGAGGGCCGCCGUCAUCUCCCACUUCAUUAGAGUGGCAGAGAAGCUGCUCCAGUUGCAAAACUUCAACACACUGAUGGCGGUGGUGGGUGGCCUCAGUAACAGCUCCAUCUCACGCCUGAAGGACACACAGGCCCACGUCAGUGCAGUGACCAACAAGGUUUUCAACAGCCUCAUUGAACUGGUGACAUCAUGCGGGAACUACAGCCAAUACCGCAAACGUUUCUCGGAGUGCUCCGGCUUCCGUUUCCCCAUCCUUGGCGUGCACCUCAAAGACCUGAUAGCUGUCCAUGUGGCGCUGCCAGAUUGGGUGGACAAAGAAAAGACCAGGGUCAACUUGGCUAAGACGCAGCAGCUGUACGCCAUCCUUCAAGAGCUGGCCCUCAUCCAGGCCACGCCUCCGAACACUGACGCCAACAUGGACCUGCUCAACCUGCUGACGGUUUCUCUGGACCAGUAUCACACAGAGGAGGAGAUCUACCAGAUGUCACUGCAGAGAGAACCACGGAAACCAGUGCAAAACUCCAGUCCAAGCCCGACACCUGAUCCCAAACCUACAAUGAUUGACGAGUGGGCCGUGUCUGUCAAGCCAAACGCUGACCCUACGGUCAUCAAGAACCACAUAGAGAAGAUGGUGGAGUCCGUCUUCAAGAACUUUGACAGCGACGGCGAUGGCCACAUCUCCAGGGAUGAAUUUGAAGCAAUCAGGAACAACUUCCCCUACCUCAGCAAGUUUGGAGAGCUGGACAAGAAUCAAGACGGGAAGAUCAGCAGGGAGGAGAUGAUUGACUACUUCAUGAAAGCCAGCUCUCUGCUUAACUGCAAGAUGGGUUUCAUCCACACUUUUACUGAGACCACCUACGUCAAGCCCACGUUCUGUGAACACUGUGCCGGCUUUAUAUGGGGCUUCUACAAGCAAGGCUACAAGUGUAAAGCGUGUGGCGUGAACUGUCACAAGGCCUGCAGGAGCCGCCUGGCCGUGGAGUGUCGCAAGAGGACGAAGAGCAUCAGUCACGAGUCUCCACCAGGUCUCCAGUCUCGCUCCUACAGCUUCCCUCCACCUGCCAACAGCCCACCCAACCUACAGAACACAGUCAUCGCCGAGGAGGAAUUAGAGGGAGUGGAAGAGGGGGUGUUCGACGUCCACCUAUAACUAGGAGCCUUGACUGAAAGUCAGGUUUGGACUGGGAGACUAGAGACGGUCUCCAGCUCCUUCCGUAUUUCAAAGCCGUCCUCCCCCCUCUGGUCAGCAGGAGGGUACAUGAGCAGCUCUUAUGGAGCCAAACACAGAAUUAGCAGCAGUGUGUGAGUUCCACUGCCCCUCCACAUUCAGGAGAAAUUGCACUGUACCAACACAAAAAACAUAAAACAAAAAAACCACAGAUACCUACUGCACAUGCUGCCACACAGUGGACACACUCUGCAAAGGCGGCUCACAGCUCAACACUCUCUGUGUGUGUGGAAGCCUUUGUGAUUCAAAAUUUGCCAUUUCAGUCUAUAUCAUUCCAGACAUGUAUGUACAUAUGGAAAGAAUAUAUAUAUAUAUAUGUGUGUGUGCGUGCGUGUGUGUGUAUACUUUAAAAAAUCCUGAAUAUAGCAUUUUGUUUGUGUGUAAAAUUGAGUCUGUCAGUUUAGCAAACUAUGCUGGAAACUAGAUUUUUUAAAAAAAAACUUUUUCUUUAAUUGAAUAGAGGUGCUGUUUUAACACAAAGAAUGUAAAUGUGCCUCUCACUGAUGCUUUGUUUUUCCAUCCGUGAGUAUCUCUGCUCUUUAGGUUCCACCAUCCAACUUUUGUAAAUACAUUUCAAUACUGCGCUUUGACAUCCUAUGAAAAAAAAACAAAAAACAAAACAAGUAAAGUGUUGAUUUAUGGUGCCUGUCUGAAGCACUACGACAAAAGCAGUCACUCUGGCAAACACAGAACGCGGCUGAAGUGACUGCGGUAGACGGCUGACACCCGGCUGGACUUAGAUUAAUGUCAUCUUCCGUCUCAUUGUUCCAGACUAUUGCUGGCUGUCCUGUAGUUAUUGCUGUCGUGGUGCUUUCAAUGUUCAGUAUGCUGCGUAUCAGUGAAGUGAAGAUUCAUCCUCUUUGCAAUGCUGCUGUGAACGUAGCAGAGACACUGACUCGCCGCUGCUGCAUGAAGAUUAAUCUGGGAGUGAGAAGUGUCGGUUAAAAUACUAUACGUUUAUCCACUGUUUUAUUUAAAAUUAGCACUCUUUAAGAAAAAAAAAAACACUGUUUCUGAAAUGUGUUUCUUUUAACAUGAUUUGCUGUUUGUAGAUAUUUUAUAACAACGACGACAUAUUUCAAACCAGUCUUAUGGAUUAAUCAUCAACGGAGACAUUGCUCCCGGAAUCAAAAUUAAAACCUCGGCCUCUUUAAGAAAGCCUAUGAACAAAAAAAAACAAAAAAAACAAAACAAAACGGUGACAAUCUGUAUUGAUGUGAGUUGUAUUUUACAGUUAUUUUGUAUUCUAUGCUGCAUGCCUCUCUUUAUGCCUUCAAUGCUCCGGCCAGAUUUCUCUGUUACUGAUGAUUUUCUAAUUUCCAACAUUGCAUGCCAAGUCGUCAUCCAGGUCUUUAAUUGCAGCCUAAAGAAACAUUAGAUUUGUUGGCGUCAGUGUGCAGAAACAUGGAUUGUCAUUAUGUUUAGUGCUGGUUUGUAAUUGGAAAAAAAACUAAACAAAUCUCCAUACAGCUGGUAUCUUUGUUUUUCUGUAUAAAUAGCUAGAACGCUGCCAUUUCUACUGUGUCUACUGUAUUUGCCUGACGAAGAAUGUUUGCUGUUGUUGUUGUUAUUCCUGGGGUGGAGUGGAGUGCGUCUUUCAGACUGAUGUCCAUGCUGUGUUCUUGUGGUCCCCAGCUGAUAUUUUGUAACAUCUGCUCUGGUUAAGAUUUUCUGUGUCUAAUAAGAAUGUGACUGAGAAACAAAA